UCAGCCUUAAUCUGCCUCACCUGUACAGACGCGCCUGAAGUGGCGUUCACCAACUACCGCCUGAUCCAGAGCGUGGGGCUCGCCAUCAUUUUCGGCUCAGGGACGUGGAUGUGCGUGUCCACCAAGCUUUACCUGCUCAUGACGCUUCUGGUUGUGGCCAUCAUGUUCUACGUCCUGGCAGAGUACAGG